AUGGCUAAGUCCGACCCAUUUCUUUACACAAGGCUAGAGGACGACGAAAACGGACAGCAAAGUGGAAUUCCGCUCGAAGAUCAAUACCACGAUGACCCAAAUCUGUUAUCUAUUCAUAACGACGCUAACCCACAAAGCUACACGCCGCAUCCUCAUUCGAGCUUUUGGCGCAACAUCUCUAAUCGACUUCUAAGUAGAGCAAACUGGGAGACCUACACACGGCAACCUACCGUCUAUGAUCUUAAGCAGGCCCUCAUUCAAGCCCUACCCCGUCUCUACAGACCUGCCUCCCUUCGCAUUGAGUCCGCCCCGGGUCCAACAGCCUAUCUCGACGCUCUUCGUGGCUACGCAGCGUGGAAUGUGUUCCUCGCACAUGGCUAUAAAGACUAUCACUUCUGGUACAAUCAUCAGCCAUUUCUCUCAGCGCUCAUGGCUGGUGAAGCCAUGGUUUCGCUGUUCUUUGUUAUCUCCGGCUACGUCUUGAGCUAUCGCCUUCUCGUCUACUCACGUACCCGGUCUAGUGAGAAGGUGCUACUUGGCUUAGCGAGCAGUACUUUCCGUCGUGGUAUGCGUCUCUACGGUUCGACGACCGUGGCGCUAUUCGCGGCGCUGAUCUUAGUCCGGCUGGGCCUUUACAACGGCGGUAAAUGGCCGGUAUAUAUUGAAUCUUUAUCGUCACAGCUAUACGAUUGGUUCUGGACGCUCGUGUACUUUUGCAACCCCUUCGCCAAUACAAUCUAUGGCUACUAUACCGAAGGGGGCCUACAGAACAAAUAUCUCGGUCCGAUGUGGACUAUCCCCGUUGAAUUACGCGGCAGUAUGGUUAUCUUUAUCUAUAUUGCGGCAACCUGCAAGCUGCAUGUCUAUACGCGCGUGGCGUUGACUUGCCUACUCAUAAUAGUAUGUUAUAUAUGGAUCGCACUCUAUAUAGCAGAAUUCUUUAUGGGUAUGCUCGUCGCCGAAAUCGCACUAUUAUGUUAUCCAGAGCGUCUCGCCGCAGCGGUCUCGCUGCCGGAACAUGGGACUAAGCUACAGCAGCAGAACGUGACCUCAAAGUGUUUUUGGACACUAGUUUUCAUUGUCGGCCUCUUUCUGCUGGGACAGCCUGACAGUGAUACCAACGCACUCGGAAUCUUCGGCGACUGGCCCUGGGCAUUCUUGCGCUCAUGGCUUCCUGGCUAUCUAGGCUUCGGAGAUAGGACUUACUGGUACUUAGGCAUAGGAUCAUUCUUCCUUGUCCUUGGCCUUGAGAUGUAUCCGACGCUUCAGGCGCCACUACGGUAUGGGUGGAGUCAGUACGUUGGCGAGCUUAGUUUCGGAAUCUACGCACUACAUGUCCCUCUGUUAGUGGCAAUCAUCGGCCACUGGUACGAGGUGGAUGUGCGGCAGGCAUACGGGUGGGAUAAAGGAUGGGGUGUUCUCCCAGGGGCCUUGAUCAUGCACGUAGCAGUUUUUACGUGUGCGGACUAUUUCAAUAGAAUCGAUAAACGCAUCGUAAGGUUGGGCAGAUGGGUGCAAGAGCAGUGUUUUGAGCAGUGGGAUAAGACAUAG